CAUGGCGGGUUGCGAUGCCGGAGGGUCCCCGAGCUCCCGGGGGCGAGCGGACGGGGAGGAUGCGGGACCCUCAGAGAAGCGGCGGUGGGAAACGGCGAGAGAUAUUGAGGAAUCAUUCGAAUGCCAGGAAUUGCUUGAGUGUCAGGUUGAGAUGGGGGCCCCGGAGAAAGAGAACGACGCGGGCUUGGUGGCGGAGGCCGAGGCGGUAGCUGGAGGCUGGAUGCUGGAUUUCCUCUGCCUCUCUCUCUGCCGGGCCUUCCGCGACGGCCGCUCCGAGGACUUCCACCGGACCCGCGACAGCGCCGAGGCUAUUAUUCAUGGAUUAUCCAGUCUAACAUCUUAUCAAUUAAGAACUGUAUACAUAUGUCAGUUUUUGACAAGAAUUGCCGCAGGAAAAGCCCUUGAUGCACAGUUUGAAACUGAUGAACGAAUUACACCCUUGGAAUCAGCCCUGAUGAUUUGGGAUUCAAUUGAAAAGGAACAUGACAAAUUUCAUGAAGAAAUACAGAAUUUAAUUAAAAUUCAGGCUAUAGCCGUUUGCAUGGAAAGUGGCAAUUUUAAGGAAGCAGAAGAAGUCUUUGAAAGAAUAUUUGAUGACUCACAUUCUUAUACGUCUUUACAAAGGAAAUUGCUUACAAUAAUCUCUCAAAAAGAUACAUUUCAUUCCUUUUUUCAACACUUCAGCUACAACCACAUGAUGGAGAAAAUUAAGAAUUUUGUGAAUUAUGUGCUUGAUGAAAAAUCAUCAACAUUUUUAAUGAAGGCAGCAGCAAAAGUAGUAGAAAGUAAAAGAGCAAGAACAACAAUUACUCAAGAUAAGUCUAAUAAUACUGAUACUGACGUGGAAACUCAAGCUGAUUUGGACAUAAGCAAAAGUGUUAAUGACAAACCAUCUGCAGUAACUGAAUCCUCACAGGGUACAGUAUCCUUAAUGAGGUCUCACAAGAACCUCUUCUCAUCUAAGUCACAACACGGGUGCCACCAACAAGAUUCUAAUGAGAAAGAAGAAAGAGCAGAAACUCUUAAAAGUAGAAGAAGGACAGAGGGAAAGAGACAAGCCCCUGAAAGAAAGAGAAUGAGUGUUUUAAACAAUCAUCCAGAAACUUCUAAAAAUCAUCGUGCUAGGAAAAAACAGGCAUGGCUUUGGGAAGAAGACAAGAAUCUGAGAUCUGGUGUGAGGAAAUAUGGAGAAGGAAACUGGUCUAAAAUACUAUUGCAUUAUAAAUUCAACAAUCGAACAAGUGUCAUGUUAAAAGACAGAUGGAGGACUAUGAAGAAGCUAAAACUGAUUUGCUCAGACAGUGACGACUGAAUAUGUAAAAGCUUGAUUAAAGGACAGUUAAAUAGUCUGAUCAUCACGUUUUGUUUAAAACUGGGUGGUCAUAGGUGUAUCUUAAAAUUUUUGUUUAAAGCAUUAUAGGAUUUUUCUGUAACAGUCAUUUAAUUAAUAUAAAGGUUUGUGUUAUAAGAGUAAUUUGCCAUCAUUGUGUUCGUUAGAAGACUUUCACUUGGAUAAAAUGUAGGUUUGUCAACCCUAAUGCUUUCACUACCUCUAGCCCCAAAUCCUGUACCAAUAAAAAAGAAAAAUGAAAACCUGGUAAGAGGAAAAAUAUUUGUUAACGUGUUCUGUGUUUAUAUGCUGACUUCAACUCCAAAACAUACACAUAAAAGAGAAGUUUGCAAAUCAGUGGAUAAUAUUAGGCCUUAGAUUUAUGGCCUUGAUAGAGUAAUUACUAUAAAUCAAUGACUUGAUUUCUUGCCUUGAUAUAGUAAUUACUAAGAUUUUUGCUUACAGAAUGAUACUAAGUAAUCUUUGAGUUUUAACAUACUUAAAUUUUCCUUUUAGUAGCUUUAUAUACAGGAAAAAAAUAGUCAUAUCCACAGGACAAAAUUUGUACUAUUACCAAGAUUUGCUUCAUGUAUAGUUUAGGUACAUUUGUCUUUUGUUCCAGUGUUAAAACUUUGACAAAGAUGGUUUUAAGUAAAGCUUAUUUAUAACCUGGUGCCAUAAUAUUUUCUCUGGUAUUUUUGUUUAAUAUAUCAACAGUGUGCCUAAAUGAUGUUCUGUAAAUGCUUACAUUGACAUUAACCAUGAUCAUUUUCACACCUAUGAUACAUACUAAAUAAGCAAGGUCAUACAUACCUUACUAGACAAUUUAGCGUUUUCACCAAUAUAUAAUUCUUUAGAGAAUUGGUCAAAAACUAAUGUAUUUAGCAUUUUGAGUUGCAUGUGCUUUAUUUAACAAGUGAGUGAAAAUACUGAUGUAGUUGCAUAAAAAGUUAAAUGGUAGUAUUUUAUAAUCUGUGUUUCAUUUCUUAAUUGCAUUGUACAUUACUUUCCCAUUGUUCCUGAAUUUGUUGUCCUACACAUGUAGUAAAGAGAAAUGUGAUUACUGUAUGCUUCCUGACUUAGUAUUUUGUUACAUUAGUUACUGUCACUGUUUAUUGCAGACAUUUUGAUGGUUACUGUUAAAGCAAGGCAGCAUGAGCCAAAAUCGACCUGUAAGUCUACUUCUCAUUUCAAACAUGCAAUAAAUAAUCAAAUCUAAGUUGCC